AUGGUUGUGUCCAAGCAAGUGUAUACAGAAGCAGCGGUACGAGCGGUGGUAGCUGGUGACGGCUCGAAAGGCAGUGGGUACACGAGUGAGCAUCGGCGGCGCAAGGAAAAGAUCGAAUCUCAGUACGAUAAAAGAUCGAAGUUGCUUUAUUUGGGCGGCUCCGAUUUGAGGGACAUUUACGAUAAUUUACCAGAUACGGCAAAUGUACCCCACGUGGUGAAAGACCCACCGUAUUACGAAGUUGCCAUAGCUAAACUCGAUGCUCAUUUCGAACCAUUUCGCCGGCGGACUUACGAACGCCACCAAUUCAGACAGAUAUCGCAGAAUCCAUCAGAGCGUUUCUCGGAUUUCUUGUUGAGACUUCGAGCUCAAGUCAAACGCUGUGAAUACGAUAGUCCGGAUGAGAUGAUUCUGGACCAAAUCGUUGAGAGGUGUGCGUCCAGUAAGUUGAAACAGAAAAUGUUGAAGCGAGAUAUGACUUUGGAGGAGGUCGAAGCAUUGGGCACAAGUCUUGAGGAAAGCGAGAAGAAGCUAAGAGAGUUCGGAGGGAGAAGCGAAGUUCAGAAAGUAAACAGCUGGGGAUCUGGUAAAGUACAGCCGAGAAGAAGCCAGGUGGCUAAUCGUUGGGGUCAGACGAUGCAGAAUAGAGUUGGGGAGGCCACGAAGAUGAACAGCAGUGCUCCUUUUCAGCGGAGCGGAUUCCGUUCUGAUCCCGUCUGCUUUGCCUGUGGACGACGAGGGCAUGUAAAAGGAGCGGAGAUCUGUCCGGCCAGGCAAGCAGCAUGUAUGAGAUGCAGGAAUAUCGGACAUUUUGCCAGGCAGUGUCAGAAACGCCCGAAUUCCGGACCAGUACCUGGAGUUCCAGCCAAACGUGUAAGGUUGAUUGAAGGACAUAGUCAGGAAGACAAGAAGGACGAAUUCAUUUUUUAUGCAAUGGGCAACAAUACCUUCAGGUUCGCGGUUGGUGGCGUUGAAAUUCCAAUGACAAUCGAUUCAGGAGCUGCUGCCAACAUCGUGGAUAAGGAGACUUGGAAGGAGAUGAAAGAGGCAGGCAUCAAGGUAUGGGACAUGACUACUCAAAUUGACAAACACUUCACCUGUUAUGCGUCGGAAUCACCAAUGAAGAUCCUGGGGAGUUUCAUGUCUACCAUCGAAGGGGGAGGUAAGCAAACGGUGGCAAAAUUCUACGUAGCUGAAAAGGGCCAGCAAUGUCUGCUUGGGGACGAUACGGCAAAGCGUCUACAGGUUCUUAAGGUUGGGUUUGAUAUUGGUAACAUUUCGAACGAACCAGCCAAAGAGUUUCCCAAGUUCAAGGGCGUUGUAGUGAAAAUUCCCAUAGAUCAGUCUGUUCAGCCUGUGCAACAAGCGUACCGCUGCGCCCCGUAUGCACUUGAGGACAAAGUUGAGGAGAAACUAAGACUGUUGCUGGCGCAGGGGAUUAUAGAAAAAGUAAGAGGACCCUCUCCAUGGGUCUCACCAAUGGUCCCGGUGCUAAAAGAGUCAGGAGAUGUGCGCUUAUGUAUUGAUAUGAGACGAGCUAACCAGGCAGUGUUGCGCGAAACACAUCCACUACCCUUGGUGGAUGAGCUGUUGGGAUCUGUCAGCGGAGCGGUGGUUUUUUCCAAGAUAGACAUCAAAGAUGCCUAUCAUCAGAUUGAAAUUUCUGAGCAAUCACGGCCAAUAACUACAUUCGUGACGAAGAACGGACUUUACAGAUUCAAGAGGCUCAUGUUUGGAAUCAGCUGUGCUCCGGAGAUAUUCCAGAAAACCAUGGAGAACAUUUUGGCAGGUUUGGAGGGGAUCAUUGUGUACCUAGAUGACGUAGUUCUUUUUGGGGCAACGGAAAAAGAACACAAUGAGAGACUUCAGGCACUACGCGAACGUCUGGAUGAGUACGGAAUACUCCUAAAUCACGACAAGUGUGUUUACAACGUGGAAGAGGUUGUUGUGCUUGGCCACGUUUUGAAUAAAAACGAGAUAAGGCCAACAGAACAUCGAAUGGCAGCCAUCAGGUGUUUCCGGGAGCCCAAAAAUGUGUCCGAGCUAAGGAGCUUUUUAGGACUAGUAACAUAUGUUGGUCGUUUCAUUCUGCACUUGGCAACCAAAACCGAACCACUAAGGCAAUUACUUCGAGGUGGUGCGGUGUUUCGUUGGGAAGACAAGCAUCGCGAAGCGUUCAAGGAAAUCAAAGAAGCUAUUUCGGAUAUUGGAUACUUGGGGUUUUUCAACAAGGAAGAUACAACUAAGCUGAUAGCGGAUGCCAGUCCAGAUGUCACAGGCGUAGUACCAUCGGCAUUGAUGUUUGGACGAAUACUGAGGGACAAAUUGCCUAGCGUACAAGAGUCAACGGAUCUGCUGACAGAAAGUAUUCGAGAUCGUGAUUGGGAGAAAAAGGUGACAACGGCAGAAUCAGAAGAUAAGAGACGACGCGCGAAGUCUAAUGAUUUGAAAGAAGGGGACAUUGUGGUGGCCAAGAGGAUAGCAAAGGAUAACAAACUUUCUAGCAAUUUCGGCCAUGAACAGUUCGAAAUAGUCAAGCGGUCGGGUACGGAUGCAGAGCUUAAAUCUUUGGAAACAGGAAAGAAAUACCACAGAAAUGUAACACACCUGAAGCAAGUCAAUAGAGGAGCAGAACCACACGAAGAUGACACGUCAUUUGAAGAGCUUUCAAGCGACAUUACGGAAUCGUUGGUGCCGUCAAACGAAGCAACAAGACCCCGCGAAAGGAGAGAACAAAAGCAACCCAGCUACUUGCGAGACUACAUCACAGCGAUAGAAUGCAACGAUAAGUAA